GCGCCCGCGCAUGCGGGCUGCUGUUUUGCCGCCAUCUUGGCUGGACGGAGGUGCCUGCCGCCGCCACUAAACAAACCCGAAGCUACGCGGGCUCUGCCGCUGAGGAGCCUUUAGAUGUUCCCGGAACGGCCGGGCAGGGAGGUUGAGCUCUGUGGGAGCACAAAGACAGAAAAAGAAUGCCUGUUGUGUGGCCAACCCUUCUGGAUCUCAGCAGGGAUGAAUGCAAGAGGAUUCUUCGCAAACUGGAACUGGAGGCAUAUGCUGGAGUUAUUAGUGCCUUGCGUGCACAGGGGGACCUUACCAAGGAUAAGAAAGACCUUCUUGGAGAACUCUCCAAAGUGCUUAGCAUUUCAACUGAGCGCCAUCGUGCUGAAGUUCGGAGAGCCGUAAAUGAUGAACGGCUAACAACUAUUGCGCAUAAUAUGUCUGGACCGAACAGCUCUUCAGAAUGGUCUAUAGAAGGUCGUCGACUGGUGCCGCUGAUGCCACGGCUGGUUCCACAAACAGCCUUUACUGUAACAGCUAAUGCUGUUGCCAAUGCAGCUAUUCAGCACAAUUCAUCUCUUCCAGUUCCUGCAGAAACUGGGAACAAAGAAGUGGUGGUUUGCUAUUCCUACACAAGUACCACUUCAACCCCAACAUCUACCCCUGUUCCAAGUGGCAGUGUAGCAACAGUGAAGUCCCCCAGACCUGCCAGUCCAGCCUCCAAUGUAGUCGUCUUGCCAAGUGGAAGUACUGUUUACGUCAAAAGUGUCAGCUGCUCAGAUGAUGAUGAAAAGCCCCGUAAAAGGCGACGAACUAACUCUUCUAGUUCCUCCCCUGUUCUUCUGAAAGAAGUCCCGAAGGCUGUCACUCCUGUCACUAAAACUAUCACGGUGCCUGUAAGUGGCAGCCCCAAGAUGAGUAAUAUCAUGCAGAGCAUUGCCAACUCCUUACCGCCACACAUGUCUCCCGUGAAAAUAACGUUCACUAAACCCUCAACACAGACGACAAACACAACAACACAGAAGGUGAUCAUAGUAACCACCUCUCCAAGUUCAACAUUUGUACCCAACAUUCUCUCCAAGUCUCACAACUACGCAGCAGUCACUAAGCUUGUUCCAACAUCCGUCAUUGCCUCAACUACUCAGAAGCAACCAGUGGUUAUAACAGCUUCUCAGUCCUCUUUGGUCAGUAGCAGCAGUAGCGGCAGCAACUGUUCCACUCCCUCUUCCACUCCAAAUACCAUUGCUGUGACUGCUGUGGUGUCAUCAACACCGUCAGUGGUUAUGUCAACGGUAGCACAAGGUGUGUCCACGUCAGCGAUUAAAGUUGCAUCCACCAGACUACCUUCCCCAAAAAGCUUGGUGGGGACCCCAACCCAGAUUCUAACACAGUUUCCCAAACAGCAUCAGCAGACCCCAAAACAGCAGCUGCAUCAAAUACAACAGACCCAGCAGCAGCUGUCACAGUCUUCUCCUGUAGCACACCAGCAGCAAUCACAACAGUGUCAGUUGCCACCUGGCAUCAAGCCCACCAUUCAGAUCAAACAAGAAUCAGGUGUUAAAAUAAUCACUCAACAGGUGCAGCCCAGUAAAAUCCUACCCAAACCAGUUACAGCGACUUUGCCCAGCAGUAGCAAUUCACCUAUUAUGGUGGUUAGCAGUAAUGGGACUAUCAUGACAACUAAACUGGUCACUACUCCCACUGGGACACAAGCAACAUAUACUCGUCCAACGGUAAGCCCCUCUAUUGGGGCUCGGAUGGCUGGAACUCCAGGCGCUGCCACUUAUGUGAAAACAACCAGUGGCAGCAUCAUUACUGUAGUGCCGAAAUCGCUGGCUACACUGGGAGGCAAGAUUAUAAGCAGUAAUAUUGUUUCUGGAACUACAACCAAAAUUACUACAAUCCCAAUGACAUCCAAGCCCAAUGUGAUUGUUGUGCAAAAGACUACUGGAAAAGGAACAACUAUUCAAGGACUUCCAGGCAAAAAUGUUGUUACAACAUUAUUAAAUGCUGGGGUAAGAAGAGUUUUACGUCUAGAAUCCGUGGACCAAGGGGAGAAAACUAUUCAAGCAGUGCCAGCAGGAGCAAAACCUGCCAUCAUCACUGCAACCAGACCCAUCACAAAAAUGAUAGUCACACAGCCGAAAGGACUAGGAUCUACUGUCCAGCCAGCCACCAAAAUCAUCCCAACCAAAAUUGUUUAUGGGCAGCAAGGGAAAACACAGGUUCUCAUAAAACCAAAGCCAGUGACAUUUCAAGCUACGGUUGUGAGUGAACAGACAAGGCAGUUGGUAACUGAAACAUUGCAGCAGGCAUCCAGGGUGGCAGAGGCAGGAAACGCCUCUCUCCCAGAAGUGAAAGAAGAACCACAGAGCUACACUGAUAGCAGCUCCUCUUCUACAGAGUCCUCCCAGAGCUCCCAGGAUUCCCAGCCUGUCGUUCACGUGAUUGCGUCUAGAAGUCAGGAUUGGUCAGAACAUGAAAUUGCUGUGGACACCAGCCCCACAAUAAUUUAUCAAGAUGUAUCCAAUGAAUCACAAUCAGCUACUUCUACAAUAAAAGCACUUCUGGAACUUCAGCAGACAACAGCAGUGAAGGAGAAGUUAGAAUCAAAACCAAGACAACCUACCAUUGACCUGAGCCAAAUGGCAGUUCCUAUUCAGAUGACUCAGGAGAAGAGGCAUUCUCCAGAAAGCCCUUCCAUUGCUGUAGUAGAAUCAGAAUUAGUUGCUGAAUAUAUCACAACUGACUCAGGAAGACAACUCUGUAUUGGUUCACAUUCGGAAGAAUUUCUACACAACCAUAUAGUCAGUCAUCGGUCUCAGCCCCACCAGCAGUCAUCCCAGCCCCAAAGGACGCUGCUGCAGCAUGUGGCUCAGUCGCAGACAGCAACACAGACUUCUGUUGUGGUGAAAUCUAUCCCUGCAUCUUCCACAGGCGCAAUUACCCAUAUCAUGCAGCAGGCUUUAAGCAGCCACACUGCAUUUACCAAACACAGUGAACAACUUGGAACUGAGGAAGGAGAAGUGGAAGAGAUGGAUACCCUAGAUCCUCAGACUGGUCUAUUUUACAGAUCUGCCCUGACGCAGUCACAGGCACAAAAACAGCAGAAACUGAGUCAACCACAGCUGGAACAGACUCAACUGCAAGUGAAAACUCUGCAGUGCUUCCAGACUAAACAAAAGCAAACCAUCCACCUGCAGGCUGAUCAGAUCCAGCACAAACUCCCACAAAUGCCCCAGCUUUCUAUCCGGCAUCAAAAGCUAACCCCACUUCAGCAAGAGCAAGCACAGACCAAACCAGAUGCACAGCACACCCCACACCACAUGAUGGCCAAAGAAAGGCAACUCCCUACCUUAGUGGCACAGCCACAGCAAACUGUAGUACAGGUGCUUGCAGUAAAAACCACGCAGCAGCUGCCCAAACUGCAACAGGCACCAACGGCACAAAAAAUCUACGUGCAACCCCAACCCCCCCAGAGUCAAUUGCAGCUACCUGCCUCUUCAGAGAAACAGCCCGCAAGCCAGGUGCAGCAGCCAAUUAUAACUCAAGGAUCCACUGUUACAAAGAUAACUUUUGAGGGGCGACAGCCUCCUACUGUUUCAAAGGUAGCAGGCGGCAAUUCUGUGCCCAAACUGGCAUCGCCAGUUACAAGCCUAUUUCCCAUGCAGGCAUCUGUGAAGACAGCAGUAGCAGACAUUUUGAAAAUGUCUAUGAUGGAAGCUCAGAUUGACACAAACAUAGAACAUAUGGUAGUGGAUCCCCCAAACAAAGCCAUGUCCACUAGUAAACUCGCUAGUGAAGCAGAAUCAUCACCUUGUAUCCAGGUGCCAAGGGUGACUGCAGUAGGGAUGACGGCAACUUCCAUCUCUCAGCAACUGAAAUGUAAAGAGUCCUGUUCAAGUCCUCCUGCUGCUGAUCCUGUUUUAAUAGAGAAGAAAGUGGAUGCACAAGGAGUGCCUUCAACAAACCAGUUUAUACACAUUCAGAAUAUAUCCCAAAAGAAAGCUGAAGGGAUUUCAUCUGAAAUUAUUAUCCAGACUAUCCCUCAAUACUCCAUCCCUUGUCACUCCAGCUCCAAUGUGGUAGUGGAACCCAGUGGGCUCCUGGAGCUCAAUAACUUUACUAGUCAACGUCUUGAUGAUGAGGAGACAGCAAUGGAACAAGAUGUGGACAGCAGUACUGAGGAAGGCACUGAGCCCAGCCCCUCUCAAAGUUCUGCUGAACAAUCCUAAUGAAUUGGGACACUGGAGUGCACUUUAAAUUCAUCUUGGCAAUUGAGUGUCCAAGAUGCCGUUGUAUUGUGAUGUAUUAGAGCACUUUGCCUAUUAGAGUUGUUCAUUGGACCCUUGAAGCAUCAGUGUGUUUUAACAAGACAGUAUUGCAGAAACGACAUCUUAAAAUUGUUUCAAAAAGGAUGUAGUUACCAAGAUACAGUAAACCUGUAACAGUGGAAUGUAUGUCUUAAAAAAAAAAAAA